AUGUCUUGGUUCCUCUGGGCAGCGACAGGCGGCAGCCCGACUGGAUUUGUACUCUUCUCGUUCAUCGCGCAUGGCCGAUCGUGGCACACCGCGUUCCGCAUCAUGUUUUUCAUCUGCUUGACCUUUUGGGUGGUCAUGGUCGUCGCGCUCUAUAGCCUUGGAGAAACAAGACAUAGUGUAAUACUCUUGCGGAGAGCACGAGCCCUACGGCAGCAAACAGGCGACGAUGAGAUUGAGGUGCCGGACGAAAUGAAGCAACGAGGACCGAAGCAGCUGUUCACUACAGCACUCGCCCGCCCAUUCAGAUUCUUGGGCUCUGAAGCUAUCGUGCAGUUUGGUGCACUCUACAACGGGUUUCUAUACGGCUUGAGCUUCCUCUUUAACGGAGCCUUUCACAUGAUCUUUGGCCCGAACGGAUACGGUCUUGAUACUAUCGGUGUCGGUAUCUCAUUCCUGGGAAUUGUUGUCGGUAUCACACUUGGCCUAGCGACGAACGUCUUUCAAGAACGAUACUACCAAAAACAAGUUGCUCAGGCCGGCCACCGCGACGUCCCCGAGGCGCGAGUGCAUCAUGCGAAGCUGGCAGCUAUUGUGCUACCAGUGUCUCUUAUGGCUUUCGCACUUACCGCAACGCCAAACAUACACCCCUUCUUCGCAGUUCUCGCCAGCGCGUUCUGGGGAUGGUCAUUCUACACUCUCAUUCUCAUGACGCUCACGUACACCGAAGACGCCUACAAAACGUACUCAGCAUCAGCUCUUGCCGGAAUUGGACUCAUUCGGAAUCUCGCUGGUGCUGGAUUCCCACUCGUCGGAAGACACCUGUUCUUGAACGUAGGCACCAGGAACGCGAGUCUGUGUGCCCGGUCAAGCAUAAAAGUCUUCGCAACUCUAUACCUGGGCAAGCACGUGGAAUGGAUUCCUGUAUCCGACGAACUCCACAUCAUAAUCGAAUCAGAGAGCCCUGUCCUACUCGCGUUCAAUCUUUCCAUCAGCCACUGA